UUACAACUCCAAAAACCUAGAAUUAGUUCCUGUUCCUUCUACUUAAACUCCCCUCCUCUGUCUCUUUUCUCACCAUUCGUUUUUUUCUUGCAAAAGUACUCUUCACUUUCAUGGCUGUCACAACCACCGCCUCCACCACGACCGGCGCUGCUACCGCUAUCUACCACCUCUCUUGUAACCCUAAACAAACCCAGAAAGCCCCUCUUUCUAUCUUCUCCAAAACCCUUCAAAAACCCUCUCUUUUAUCUCUUAAACAACAACCCCACAAAACUGACUUUGCUGUUUUCUCCAAAAACCCCAUAUCCGGGUUCUUUACCAGUGACGAAAAGCACCCAGAUGACCGUUUUGUUAGCUUUGAUGAUGAUGAUGACGAUAAGCCCCGUGAAGAGUGCGGUGUUGUGGGCAUCUAUGGUGACCCUGAAGCCUCUCGUAUGUGCUAUUUAGCGUUACACGCGCUGCAACAUCGUGGACAAGAAGGUGCAGGUAUGGUUGCCGUGAAUAAUAAGGUUCUUCAAACUAUUACUGGUGUUGGUUUAGUCUCUGAGGUGUUUAAUGAGUCUAAGCUUGAUCAAUUACCUGGUGAUAUGGCUAUUGGUCAUGUUAGAUAUUCAACUGCUGGUAGUUCUAUGCUUAAAAAUGUGCAACCUUUUGUUGCUGGGUAUAGGUUUGGGUCUGUUGGGGUAGCACAUAAUGGAAAUUUAGUCAAUUACAAAACUUUAAGAGCUAAGCUUGAAGAUAAUGGUUCAAUUUUCAAUACUAGUUCUGAUACUGAGGUUGUUCUUCAUUUGAUUGCAAUAUCGAAAGCAAGGCCUUUCUUUUUGAGGAUUGUUGAUGCUUGUGAGAAGCUUGAGGGUGCUUAUUCUAUGGUGUUUGUGACUGAGGAUAAGCUUGUGGCAGUUCGUGACCCAUAUGGGUUUAGACCAUUGGUGAUGGGUAGGAGGAGUAAUGGAGCAGUGGUUUUUGCAUCAGAGACUUGUGCACUGGACUUAAUUGAGGCUACAUAUGAGAGAGAGGUUUAUCCUGGUGAAGUUUUGGUAGUGGAUAAAGAUGGGGUACAGUCACUUUGUUUGAUGCGUCACCCUGAACCUAAACAAUGCAUCUUUGAGCAUAUUUAUUUUGCACUGCCUAAUUCAGUUGUUUUUGGGAGGUCUGUUUAUGAGUCUCGGCAUGCUUUUGGAGAAAUACUUGCUACUGAGGCUCCUGUUGAUUGUGAUGUUGUGAUUGCGGUCCCAGAUUCUGGGGUGGUGUCUGCCCUUGGAUAUGCAGCAAAAGCCGGGGUACCAUUUCAACAAGGGUUGAUAAGGUCACAUUAUGUGGGAAGGACUUUCAUUGAACCUUCGCAGAAGAUUAGGGACUUUGGUGUCAAACUUAAGCUCUCACCUGUCCGAGGAGUAUUGGAGGGGAAGAGAGUUGUGGUUGUGGAUGACUCAAUUGUCAGAGGAACUACUUCAUCAAAAAUUGUUAGGUUGCUUAAGGAGGCAGGGGCUAAGGAGGUUCAUAUGAGAAUUGCCAGCCCACCUAUCAUUGCAUCAUGUUACUAUGGAGUGGACACACCAAGUUCUGAGGAGUUGAUUUCAAAUAGGAUGAGUGUUGAGGAGAUUAGGGACUUUAUUGGGUGUGAUUCCCUGGCUUUUCUGUCAAUUGACAGCUUGAAGAAGUUGUUGGCAAAAGAUUCUCCGACUUUUUGUUAUGCUUGCUUCUCUGGGAAGUACCCAGUUAUGCCAAGAGAGGUUAAGGUGAAAAGGGUUGGUGAUUUUAAGGAUGAUGGUUUGAAUGGAAGCAUUGACUCCAUUGAUGGUGGUUGGGUGCAAGGACCUCGAAAUCUGAAUGAGAACCAAAGUGAUUCAUCUCGGCACAAUGAGCUCAUUGCUUACAAGACCUCCAAUUUACAGCAUUGAUGCCUUUUCGGUUUAACACAAGAAGAUUAGGGGUAUCCGGUGUGUGAUUGAAGUGCAUGACGCAUCUUAAACUCAUCCGAAUACAAUAAUAGUAGUUUUUUUUUAAUCUCGUUCUUGGAUGAAUUGAGUUCCAAACUCUAAGCCUUACACAGUUUUGUUAGCUCUUUUCAAUUUUGCAAGAAUAUUUUAUCUGAUUUUAAGUA